AAAUUUGAACAUUUGAUAAUCAAAAUGAUUCAAAAAGAAUUUCAUCAAAUGUAGAAUAAAUGAAGUUGAGAAUCCCUGAGGUAAGAUGGAUGAAAUUAGUUACGAAAAAUAACCACAGAAAGUCGCUGCAAUCGUUAGAACCUUACGAGAGUCAUAAGAGAACUUGCUAAGUGAUUGGUUAGUUUGUUUUCCAAUCGGUGUUUAUGUUAAACCCUAACUCACAAUUUAGCAAUAAAAACAACGAACAGAAAAAAGUGUUUAGAUAUAGAAAUAGAACCGUGAAGAAGUAACGUGUAAAUUUUCAGAAGAGAACAUUCAUACAUUUAAUAUUAUACUCGUGUAAAUUGAUUUAACAAAAAGUAAUUUGAACCUUAAAAGUAACAAAAUUCAUGUUAAAUGUGAAGAAGAAGAUAAAGUUAUAGUUAAGUGUGUUAAAACUGGAAUAAUAUCAUUCAUUACUGUUCUUUUGUCACUAUUGCGUCUAAGGACGCAAUUUUCAAGGUUGUAUAAUGCCUGACGUGUAAUAUUAUUAGUCAUCAUUCACGAGGAAUGGAAUUAUUGUGAAACGUUAACACACUAUCGUCUUCUAAUAUAAAAAAAAGAAAAAAAAAGAAAAGAAAAGAAAAGAAAAAAAGAUGGCCGGUGUAUCAGCAUACCUCGAUGCAAUUCAAGCUAUCAAAGGAAUUAAUCCUAGUCAAAAGUAUGAAACCAUAAUGGAACAUAUUAAAAUGUAUUUGAAUGUGGAAACGAAGGAAUUAAAUUCAGAGAUAUGGGAAAAUACGGAAAUAAAUUUGCAACCAUUUUACAAAUUAAUCAUUGCAAACAUGAUAGAAAGUUACGAUAUGAUAACGGAAUUGUUAAAAUCGGAAGACACUGCGAUAACAACGAGGGUGCUCAAAUGUAGAUGGUAUUUUCAAGGUACAAAUGAAAAUAUCAUUAAUCCGGAAUAUUUUUUUCAAAAUAUUAUACCGUACGUUACAUUAAAAACUAGACGUGAAAUAGUUAAAUCGUUGGGACGUAAUUUGAAGAAUGCAAAAAUGGCGGAACAAUUUUUCAUCGUAUUUGAAGAAAAUUAUGGUGCAAGUUAUUCCUUACCAUUGUUGUUUGCAUGCACCGAUACAUUUUUUAAAAAUAAAAUAUUACAACAUAGGAUUAUUUUAUCCUUGAGUCAAGUCGAGAGAUUAUAUUUACGUAAACCCAACGUAGUCAUUUAUUAUUUCAAUUUAAUCAAAUCUCGAGAUAAUAAAAAAACAAGUGUCGUUAGUAACAAGGAUAUCAAUCUUUAUUUCAAAUUUUUACCUAAAUUGAUCAAAAGAAAUCAUAAUUUGUUUUACGACAUUAUCGAAACAUGGGGUUCAUCUAUUAAUAGUACUUUACAAUUGAACAAAAAAUAUGCUCAACAUCUUGUAAAAAGAGGUAAAAAUAAUAAAAGUAUAUUGGAAGAAGAUCCAUGCAAAUGGAUCAAAUUUAUAGAACUUGAAAUGAUAAGUGAAACUAUAAUGAAUACUAUAUUUCCUAAAUUAUUACCGGAAGAUAUCGAUGAUUUUAAUACAGAUGUUGUAAUUAGAUAUUUAAAGUAUUAUCCUAAAGAUAAAGUAUACAAAUUAAUAAGUGAAUCUUAUGAAAUUGUUUAUAAAGAAAAAUUUCUCGAUAAACUUACAAACGUAACCAUGGACUUUUUACCAUAUUUACCAACAAAUAUAAGAAUUGAUAUAUUACCAUCAUUAAAGUUACAUUUUCGAAAUAGCGUAAACGAUUAUGAGAAGAAUUAUGAUUCUUAUUUACCGACUAGAGUAUUAAUGAAAAAAAUCAAAAAAGAAAUAAACGAAACUAAUAAUCCAGAAGAUAGGGUAGCAUUGGUGAUACAAAUGAUUUAUAAUUGUAAAAUAAACAAGGACAGUGCUGCUUUGUGUCAAUUUUUAAAUCACGUUUAUAAUAGGCACAAAAAUGAGAUACAACAAUUUUGGAUAACAUUUUUCAGACGUUUUGCAUAUAUAUAUAAAUGGUCUGAAUUAAAAUUAAAUGAAUGGUCGUGUAUCGAUAAAUUGAUCAUUCAUGUAUACUCCAAUCUUAUGUUAACUAACAUUUAUCAAUAUCCGACUAUAUUGAAAGAAUCGAUUCUCUUUAAAUACAAAAAUAUAUCUAAUUAUAAAGUAGCUGAAGUACUAAUACAUAUUUAUUUAACUAUAUUACGUGAUAAGUAUGAGUAUGAUUGGUCCAGAUACAUUGGUGAACCACAAGAUGAAGUUUUGUUUUUCAAUAUAAUGCUUGAUAGUGUUGAAAAGUUAUUUACAAAAGUUCAACAAGAAUUUAAUACAAAUAUCGAUACAAAUGAAGAUAAUACAAAAUUGAAUGUUGAAACAGAUAAUAAUUCUAAUUCAAACAUGGAAGAACAAACACUGUCAUCAAAUUCAAGCGAACAAAAAAUAUGGUUGUUGGAAUCAAAUUCUGACGAUGAUUCGAAUUUAAAGGUAGAAAUAAAUCUCGCGUUAUGGAACAACGAUAAAAUUAGAAUUCGUUUUGUACUUGAUCUCGUUAAAAAUAUGUACCGAUUGGAUGACGAAUAUGCCCCCUAUAUAAAUAAAAAAAAGAAAAUUUUGAAACAAAAAUUAUUACGUGAGCCAUUUAAAAAAUGGAAAUCAACGUGGCUUUGGUUACAGGUUGAAUAUUUCGUGAAGAAUGAAGAUAAAUUGAACGAAAAGGCAAAGAGAUAUUUGGAGGAUUUAAAAGAAUGUUUAAAGAAAGAUCCAGAAUUAUACGAAAAAUUAUUAAACAAAUCUGUCGCGAAAAAACCUGAUGUCAAAUAUAAGGAAUUAGUUCAAAUGUUAAAACGUAAUCCAGAAAAAUUGUUGAACGAAAUUGAAUUAUUUUUGGAUACUGCUUAUAAAUUGGAAUAUCGUAAUUCAGGUUCAUUACAUCGUCCUUUUAUUAUGUGUCGUUGGUACGAUAAAUUACCAAUGGUAUUUAUAGAUGAAGCUAAAAAACGUUAUUCGUUGGACAAUCAUUCUUUUUACAUUUAUCUGAUGGCAAUCAUAUUGGACGGUCAAGGUUAUCAAAAUAUCUCUAACGAAUAUUUGUCGAAUGAGAAUGUGCAAAAGAUUCUAAUAAAACCUGAUAAUACGUGUGUAAACGAUACUAAAACGACUAAAUUAUUGAACGAUGUGUUAAGGGGUAUGCAUAGAACAAAUCCACCUGUAUCGUUGGAAAUUAUUCAGAAUUUUUACGAAUACGAAUUAGUAUUAGUUUUGAAUAUAUUAAAUGUUAUUACUAACGUUUGUGUAAAUACAUCAUUGAACAAGGUACAACGUUAUUUGGAAACAAAUUCAAAUCCUAAGAUAACCGAUCAAAAAAAUGUCAUCAGAAUAUACACAUUAGCCGAAACUAUAGAAAAAUGUGCCCAUUAUUAUACUUUUAAGUGGAAUCAUGAAAAUGAACAUUCGUCGAUACGUGGAAUAAUAUUUGAUUCGUCGUAUAAAUUAUUUAAAAAUAAUCCUAGACAAAUAACAUGGCGUACGUUUAAAAAUUGCAUGGAUACAUUUAAAUACGACAGUGAUUGGUCCGAUUGUAAAAUAGAAUUUAUUAAAACCAAUGUAUUACCAAUCGAAUAUAUCAAUGAAUUAAUAGAAACAAUGUUAUCGAUGUUAAUGAAAACAAUAGACAAUGGUAAUUCGAAGAAUCAACAAAAAGCUAUGAACUUUUUAGAACGAUCGUUUCAUCGUCAUUAUUUCAGUGAUUAUUAUGCGAGUAUUUUGAACGGUCAAAUUAUCUUAAAUUUCACGGAAAAAUAUUUAUUUCAAGAAAAUUGUUUAAAUAAUGAUCUGAUGAUAGAUUUGAUCAUAUCGAAAUAUAUGUUUGCAAAUUCUAACGAAUAUUUGUCAAGGAUCAAAACAUUUGGCAUGGUUUUCGAACGUAUUUGCAAAGAAUGGUACGAAGCAAUGUUACAAAAUAAAAAAAAUCAUGAAUACGAUGAAUUUUUAGAAAAAAUUACAAAACAUAUGUUUCAAUUGAAAGAUUUAAAAAUAAAUCCAAUUACGAUUGGACAAAUAAUCGAUGAAAUAAUUCGUAUAUUUUACAAAAUUCCAAUAUAUACAAAUAUUUGGAAUUAUAUAAUGUUAAUAAUGACGAAAUAUACUAUAGUAACGCCUGAUGAAUUUAUUGAAAAUAUUUGUAAUAAAUUGAUUGAAGUGUGUUACGAAAACAAAUGUACGUUUUUUGUAUUAGCAAAUUGUAUUCAAUAUUUUUAUGAAAAUUUUCCAAAUUGCGUGGAUAAUGCAGAAAUUUAUUAUUUAUAUAUAAAACGUUUAUUGAUGAAUGAUAAUUGUAAUUUGUCCAAAUUAACGGCUGUUCAAUUAUUACCAUUACCAUGGAGGAACAAAGAACAAUACGAUAAACAUUGUGAAAUUGUGGAAAAACUUGAAUCAUACAAAGAUGUAGAAAUUUUAUGUUUGUUAUAUUUUCAAAUGCGUACAUUGCAUAAAAUAGUAGAUUCUGACUAGGAAUCAUGAAAUUUAAUCGAAUCUUCGUCGUCAUCUUUUCUUUUUGUUUUUUUUUGCUUUUUUUUUUUUUUUUUUUAAGAGCAUUUGCAAUACGUUUUUCAUGUAUGAAAUAUAUAUGUAUAAGUAUUGUUAAUUUAAAUAUUAAAUAUUAAGUUGUAAUAUUAA